AUGGCAGACCUAUCAAGCGGCCAUGUUGUCUGUGCCUACCGACAUUACAUCAUUCCCGCCCUGUCAGUGCUGGUGAACAUUACUGUGGACGCUCUGAAGCAAAACAUGGACAACCGAACUGCUUUCCUUGAAGAGCGUCUUCACGACCUGAACAAGAUUUUAGGCAUUUGCAAAUUUAAAGUGUCAAGUCGGUGCACCUGGGCCAGCUGGACCGAUGGGACCUCCAGGAAAGGGUGGACCGGCUGGGCCAGUUGGUCUCCAAGGAAAGAGUGGGCCAAUGGGAUCAGCUGGACCGAUGGGUCCCCCGGGAAAGACUGGGCCAAUGGGGCCAGCCGGGCCAAUGGGGCCCCCUGGAAAGGGUGGGCCAGUGGGUCCUUCAGGAAAGAGUGGACCAAUUGGGCCGGCUGGGCCAAUGGGUCCCCCGGGAAAGAGUGGGCCAAUGGGGCCUCCAGGAAAGGGUGGGCCGGCUGGGCCAAUGGGUCCCCCAGGAAAGGGUGGGCCAGUGGGUCCUCCAGAAAUGAGUGGACCAAUUGGUCCGGCUGGGCCAAUGGGUCCCUCAGAAAAGAGUGGGCCAGUGGGGCAUCCAGAAAAGGGUGGGCUGGCUGGGCCACCGUCGGCUUCAGAAUGGCUAUAUUCACUACCCUUGGUGCUACCGGACGCCGAGGUCCGAAGAACCUGGACAAACCCUACCGUGGACAGGACCACGAGACGAUGGUGACCUUAAAGAAGGGGAUCCAGUUCUUUAUCAUCCCUCAGACUGGAAACUACAAAAUUGAAGCUGCUGGCGCUGCAGCAGGAUGGACCGGAGGGAAUAAGUCUAACAGAGGCAAGGGGGCUAAAGUUAUGGGGACGUUUUACCUGGAAGAAGGAGAUGAACUGAAGAUCCUUGUCGGUCAGGAGGGAGAGGAGAACCGUAAGGACCCGGCUGCAGGAGGUGGAGGUGGCACUUUCGUGACAACGUCUGACGAUUCGCCCCUUAUCAUAGCGGGAGGGGGAGGUGGGGGUACCAGGCAUAGUUCCCACCAUGCGCAGUGUGACGGGACUGUAGAUACAUCUGGCCAGGCUGGUUAUGUUGCUAAGUAUCAACCUCACCGUGGUGGCAGCCACGGAGAGGGCGCAAUGGAAGGCACAGACGCUGCAGGUGGUGGGGGAGGGGGGCUCCUUACAAAUGGCGGCGGGCAUCCUUUUCUUUCUCUUGGCAAUCGUCGGCGUGGCGGUGGGUCGGCUUUUGUCACAGGUGGUCUGGGUGGGAAAGGAAUAUUAGAUACUAAAGAUGGCCAUGGCGGUUUUGGUGGCGGAGGGGGAGGGUACGGUUUUGAUACGCUUUUUAUGGCUCCAGGGGGAGGAGGUGGGUACUCAGGAGGAGGCAGGGGGGGUAAUCAUCCGACGGCUUGUGGGGGAGGGGGAGGCUCUUUUAACGUAGGCACCAACCAAUGUGGCAACAAUGGGGUCAACGAUGGUCCUGGGUACGUGGUCAUCACCAGGAUGUAA